AUGGGUCGGCUCGGCCGGAGCGAAACGAAAGCCUUACAGGAAUCCGGCGUGAAACAACCACAUCGUUGUGUUUUGUCCUUUAUUGAAACCGGAGACGAGCCGGCAGCAUGCAACGGGAGACGGACCUUGGUUCUCGCCAACCACCAGAGCACAGCAGACGUACCCAUGCUAAUGGCCGCCUGGAACCCAAGACCUGGAAUCCUGCCCAACCUCAUGUGGAUUAUGGAUAGAGUCUUCAAGUUCACCAACUUCGGCAUCGUCAGCGUGUUACAUGAAGAUUUCUUCAUACAAGCGAAUCAUACUGUAGAGAAAGAUUUGCCUCAUGAUGAUGAUAAAAUAAAUACUAAUACUAUUCCAAAUACAGAGACGCACAGUUGUCGACAAGACAGCACGUGCAUGAAAGAUUAUAACAUCAGGAAGCCGAACCUUUCUUUUUUCACACCACAUGAUUUUAAUGCAGUACAUAAAUAUGCAAAUACCAAAGCCAAUCUUGGAAGGCCAGCAGCGCACUUGCAACACCACAAGGGUGGCACUGUGGUGGCACUGUGGGCCGGUGGAAGCAUGGGGGAGGCCUUUGUCCAGUCCAGCAGUGGACGUCUUCCGGCUGAUGAUGAUGAUGAUGAUGAUGACUUGCAACACCAGAGAAGUUGA